UCUUUUCUUUUUUAAAAUGACUUUAUAUAAGUGGGAUUUAAGUUAAAAUGCCUCCUUACAGCGCAGUAUCGGUCCCGUCGCUGAUCAUGGCUGUUAUAUAAACAUUGUGACUUUCCUCAUUGUGUGCUUAAUCUGUGUGUAUCUCCAGGCACUCUGUCUGCAGGUUAACAAUGUUGCGCUGUCGAUCAUCAAGGAUGAUUUUAAUAUUGAAGAUGUUGGUUGUCCUGUUGUGCGUCGCUGGCAUCGGCAUGUAUUACCGCUUUACUGUUCCCGACCAAAGGCUGUGCGCUUGUGUAAAAUGUUUAUCAGAAGAUAAGGAGUUGCUUCUUCUGAGAAUGAACCAUAGUUAUCGGCCAUUUUUGACUCCAGACUUUGUCCUCUCACAAGAUGCAUUCAACUGGUGGAAGCGCUUGCAGAAUGAAAAACGGAGCUACGAAACCUAUAAAAUAAUAACGAACAACAUCUUUAAAAUGUUCCCACGGAAUCCAGACAUUAUACAACCCAAAUCUGACCGCUGCAUAACUUGUGCUGUGGUGGGGAAUUCUGCUAAUUUAAGAGGAUCCCAUUACGGCCCUCUGAUAGAUUCACAUGAAAUUGUCAUAAGAAUAAACAGAGGUGUCACCAGAGGCUUUGAAAAAGAUGUUGGGAAUAAAACAACUCAUCGUGUCAUGUAUCCAGAGAGUGCUAUGGAUUUAGACAACAACACUCAUUUAGUGCUGGUUCCCUUCAAGAUGCAGGAUAUCGAGUGGCUCAUAAAGGCCUUUACCACAGGUUUUACGGGAAGGUCAUAUGCUCCAAUAAAAUCAAAGAUCAACGCUAAGAAGAAUUUGAUCAUGGUGCUAAAUCCAGGUUUCAUGAAGUAUGUUCAUGAGGUUUGGCUGCAACAUAAUGGAAGCUAUCCAUCCACUGGCUUUAUGACUUUGAUUCUUUCACUGCACAUUUGUGAUGAGGUUGACGUGUUUGGUUAUGGAGCUGACAGUGAUGGAAACUGGAGUCACUACUUUGAAAUACUUAAAGACAAAAUGUUAAAAACUGAAAUACAUCCUAGAAAUUAUGAAUAUGCAAUCAUCCAGCAGUUAGCUCAGCAACAGAAAAUUCAGUUUCAUACCGGCCUAAUGAAACCAAAGGGACAAAAUGCAGCACGCUGGCGUGGUGGUUAG